AUGUUAACCGUUUCGGGGCCCAAAAGCGAAUCAGCUUAUCAUAUCAAUCAGGACGAUUUCCAAGUCAACACGAUAAUUGAUUCCCUUAAGCCAGGCACCGAGUAUCCGACCCUUAUAGCUUUAUGCAUCAAACUAGAGACAAACCCCCACGCAACAUUUCAUUACACGCCAUCUGUUUCGAAAGCUCUCCUCAGUCGUCUCUUCCAUGACUACGACAUCCACAGCAACUUCUUGCUUGAUCUCGUUGGGCGCUCAAACUAUUGGUCAGCUGUAUCCCAAGUAAAACCUGACCCUGUUAAUGGUCAGGAGAUAUACGAGUUCCAUUGUCAACAGCCACGAUGGCAUCAGCACAGCUGGUACGACAAACAAGAAGUGGCAAUACACCGCAAUAAAGCACCCUGUUCUGUCUACAUGACACAUUCUACCGCCACGAACACGACAGUAUACCUAGUCGUCGCUCCAGACGACGGCAUCUGGUUUUCUUUUAUAGAUCAGAUACAGCCUUCUACCCGUCAAGGUGACAAUCGCCUAGUCACAGGACAUGAAUUGGCAACGAAUCCUUUUCUUAUUCAUUCAAUGAUCUCCAACAUUGGCUUCGAACAGGCUACCCUGUACACUGCUGGGGCACAAGAGGAGCUAAUGGCCCAACUCAGAAAAGUCAAUGACUACUCCGAAAGUCUAAAAAUAACGAGAGGACAAAACCAAGGUGCUCACGUUUUUGACUCAAGGGAAAAGCUUUCUUCAAUCACGCGACAGCUGCACUAUGUAUCUCAAUUAUUAGACACAGGGGUUGGACGUACAAGGUCAGCCGUGAAGCUCAGCUCCAAACUGCUCGAAGCCCAUAAAAGGUUUUGUCACCAGGCGGGCCAAGGGUUGCCGGAUACAGCUGCCAGUCAAACAAAAGCAGUGAUUCAAUACAUACACGACUCAUAUGUACAUCAAGGAAGCUGGCUGGAACAGUUUAAGGCACGAAAGGAAACGGCCAUGAACUUUGUGUUUAAUAUAGUCAUGCAAGGUGAUAGCACUAUAAAUCUCAGCACAUCAUACCAAAUGUCACGGGAUAGCUCUUCUAUCCAUACUCUCACAGUUCUUACCAUGGUCUUCCUUCCGGGUACUUUCACAGCGUAUAGAACAAUAUCAGGUCUCUUAGACCUCAACAAACUCACGCACGCUUCGAUGCAAAUUGCUGGUCGUCACAAAGCCCGGAGACUAAUAGGCUGCACCUCCACUGUAAUACGGUACGCCCCCGUCAAUAAGCUGCGCCCCUGUUAUUCCCGCGGCCUCGGUCGUGACUGGUCAGUCUUGCAGAUAUGCUCUCACGGAUCCAAGCAAGACCAACUGCGCUCAAGAUCGGUAUCUCGCAAGCUACACUACGAGGCAACAAUUCACGCCUUCCAUUCCCUGAGACCACUUCCAGAGGGUAAUUCAGCUGCACACUUUAUCAAUAUUGCACUGUCCAAAACUUUGAGAACUUAUAUCCAAGAAGUCACCAUUGAUACUGAGCGUAAUCCGCUAUAUGGCUACCCCGAAGAAAGAAUAUUCGAGCUCGCGGACGCACGCGAUGACCUAGACCUGCCAUCCGGGCAUGGCAUAAGGAUCAAAGAGCUUACCAUCUCGAACCUUGCCGACUCUAUUAACCCCAACCUAAUCAGAUCGGAGGGCUGGAACAAGCUCCUCCGUCUACCAACCUUGGUCGACCUGAAGAUUCUGGUUAAAAAAGACUUUGCUUUCUUGGGUGAAAAUACUUUUCAUAACGAAAUGGACGAGUUCUUCCAAGCCUUCCCUUCACAAUGGCUAUCGCCCAGCGUGGUCGAAAACUUACAAGUACUAUCAUUAUUCUACUCCCAUUACUGGGGAUGGUUUCCCAGAAUGGACUUUUCGCAGAUUGGAGCGUUGCCAUACCUGAAGGUUCUGGCUCUUGGGUCCUAUAUUUUCAGUAAUGAACGAGACUGA